UGCUUACAACCACUAGUGCAGUGCACAACUCAAGAAACUACACCAACAAACCGGACAAGGCUAGAAAGAAUAACAUGGCGUCCAAGUCUAGCAUCUCCCCCCUCCUCUUGGCCACCGUCCUGGUCUCCGUCUUCGCCGCCGCCACAGCCACAGGUCCAUAUUGCUACGCCGGGAUGGGCCUUCCGAUCAACCCGCUUGAAGGCUGCCGGGAGUAUGUCGCACAGCAAACCUGUGGCAUCAGCAUAUCCGGGUCGGCGGUGUCCACCGAGCCGGGGAACACCCCAAGGGAUCGGUGCUGCAAGGAGCUUUACGACGCCUCGCAGCAUUGCCGGUGCGAGGCAGUGCGCUACUUCAUAGGGCGGAGGUCUGAUCCCAAUUCCAGCGUGCUCAAGGACCUCCCCGGAUGCCCCAGGGAGCCCCAGAGGGACUUCGCCAAGGUGCUCGUUACGCCGGGGCACUGCAACGUGAUGACCGUUCACAACGCCCCAUACUGCCUCGGUUUGGACAUAUAAAGAUAGAUAGAUCCGUCGCCCAUGAAUGAAUAAGCAUGCUCCGUCCGUGGAUGUGUGGCAUGCAUAUAUGCAUAUGUGAGCUCCCGUUGCUCAACAUUUGCUUUACUAAUAAAGAGAAUCAUUUUGUGGUUCUUAAAUUUCAACUCAA